UUCAUUGACUCAUGACUUUUCUCCCACUGAAGUUUUUGCAGUUUCUGCUCUUCUCAAAAGAAGACCAAGUCGUCCUUCCCUUUAACCCAAGACUGCAUUUUCAUAGCAAUCUCCAGGAACUUUCUUAAACAGAAAAAAUUGAACACACAUAUACUUGUGCUAAAGUUAUCUUAUUUCACUUCAUUAUUUCUCUUCUAAUAUCAGUCCUUGAAUGACCCUGGAGCUGCAAGUUAUGUCCAUUUGACCAUAACAGAGAAGCUGAAACUCUAAGCAUCCAGUAGGACAGAAGCUCAACAAUAUGAUGAAUCUCAAGCAGGACAAAUAUGUACGGUUUGAGGACUGGAAAUCAGAACAGUCAUCCUUCAGCAUUCAAAAUUCUCCGGAAAAUAAGCCAUUUCAUGUCCGAAAACCAUCGUUUAGCUCGUUGAUGAGUAGCAUUAGAAGAAGGCUUGAGAGGGGUUCUGAAAGAAUUAGUAGCUGGAGAAAAUCAACACGUGUGCAUCCUCUAACUGAUAAGCCAACAAAAGAUCAAUCGAGCUCAUCAAAGAAGAAAGUUCUCGAUCCUCAGGGGGGAUUUCUUCAGCAAUGGAACAAAAUAUUUGUCCUGGUUUGCGUAAUUGCGGUGUCACUGGAUCCGUUGUUCUUCUACAUUCCUGUCAUCGAUAACGAAAAUAAGUGCCUCGAUUUGGACAAGACUUUAAAGAUCACUGCUUGUGUUCUUCGUUCAAUCACUGAUCUUUUCUAUAUCUUCCACAUUAUAUUGCAAUUUCGUACUGGCUUCAUUGCUCCGUCUUCUCGAGUUUUUGGAAGGGGUGAGUUGAUUGAAGAUUCCUGUGCUAUUGCCAAGCGAUAUCUGUUAUCUUAUUUCAUCGUUGACGUUGUGGCAGUCCUUCCACUCCCACAGGUUCGAAUUGUGAUAUUUAUCACACCCAACGCGAAUGGCCCCAUUGCUCUAGCGACGAAAGAAAUGUUGAAGAUUGUCAUUUUUGUCCAAUAUGUUCCAAGAAUAUUUAGAAUCUAUCCAUUGUCCAAAGAAGUGACAAGGACUGCAGGCUUAUUUACUGAAAGUGCAUGGGCUGGAGCUGUUUUCAACCUUUCCCUCUACAUGCUAGCCAGUAACGUAGUUGGGGCCUUUUGGUAUUUAAUCUCAGUAGAACGCCAAGAUACAUGCUGGCGCAGAGCGUGUGACAAGAUCCCCUUCUGUUCGUCACAAAACUUAUAUUGUGGAGAAAAUAGGAAUGGAAAUGCUUUGUUACUAAAUUCUUCUUGCCCUCUCCUGAAACAAGAAGAUAUAAAGGAUCCAAAUACCUUUGAUUUUGGAAUCUUUCUUGAUGCUCUUCAGUUUCGGGUUGUGGAAAAGAGAAAAUUCUGGACCAAACUCCUCUAUUGCUUUUGGUGGGGGCUGAGAAACUUAAGUUCUCUUGGCCAAAAUCUUAAGACAAGCACCUUUGUUGGAGAGAUUCUUUUCGCCAUCUUCAUCUCAAUUGUUGGGCUUAUCUUGUUUUCCUUGCUUAUUGGCAAUAUGCAGAAAUAUUUGCAAUCUAUAACGGUUAGAGUAGAAGAAAUGAGAAUAAGAAGGCGGGAUGCAGAACAGUGGAUGUCUCAUCGCAUGCUUCCUGAAAAUCUGAGAGAGCGAAUUAGAAGACAUGAACAGUACAAAUGGCAAGAAACCAGGGGAGUCGAGGAAGAUUCACUGAUUCAUAAUCUUCCUAGAGACUUGAGGAGAGAUUUAAAGCGCCAUCUCUGUUGGUCUUUGCUCAAAAGAGUUCCCAUAUUCGAGAAAAUGGACGAACAAUUACUGGAUGCAUUGUGUGACAGACUGAAACCAGCACUCUUCACAGAGAAGAGCUUCAUAAUCCGAGAAGGCGAUCCAGUAGAUGAAAUGCUCUUUAUAAUGAGAGGUACACUGUUAACUAUGACCACAAAUGGAGGAAGAACUGGUUUUUUCGACUCUGCUCAUCUCAAGGCUGGUGAUUUCUGUGGAGAUGUGCUUUUUACAUGGGCUUUAGACCCUCAUCCUUCCUCAAGUACUUUUCCCAUUUCAACUAGAACAGUGCAAGCUGUUACUGAUAUCGAAGCUUUUGCGCUCACUGCUGAUGACCUAAAGUUUGUCGCCUCGCAGUUUAGACGUCUACAUAGCAAGCAACUUCAACAUACUUUCAAGUUCUACUCACAACAAUGGAGGACAUGGGCUGUAUGCUUUAUACAAGUAGCAUGGCGUCGACACUGCAGGAAUAAGCUCGAGAAAUCUUUGAGAGAGGAAGAAGAUAGACUGCAAGCUGCAUUAGCAAAAGAGAGCACAAAUGCACCAAGUCUUAGAGCUACCAUUUAUGCAUCAAGGUUUGCUGCUAAUGCGCUGCGCGCCUUGCGACGUAGCCAUACAACUGGUGCAAAAUUGUCUCCCACAUUACCUGUGCUGCUUCAGAAACCAGCUGAACCAGAUUUUAGUGAGGAAAAUGAUUCAUGAGAUCAUUAAGAUGCGACAUAUUACCAGAAAUAUUGGAAGAUGUUCAUACUGGGGGAGUUGCAUUUUCUUUUUAUUCUAAAAAACAACUCUUUUGAGUAGUACAUAUGUUAUAUCUGUUUACAUG